GGCGUCUGGGUUCCACUUCCAGCAACAGCUCCUGCGGAAGUUCCGAGUACUCCGGGGAAGUGAUCCCUCACCAUCCGGGUCUCCCCAAAUCUGACCCAGGGCACUGGUGGGCCAGCUUCUUCUUUGGAAAGGCGACUCAUCCGGUCAUGACAACCGUGUCGGAAUCCCCAGAGAACUCAGGAACUUUUCGGGUGGCAAACGGCGUGAUCACAUGUGGCCUGGCUGAGGAAGUCAUGAGGAAGCGCCAUGCCAGUGAGCCCAGCAAGCCGAACUCCGGACCCUCGGCGUGAGGCGGCUGCGGCCCCCCUCUGGCAGAUGCUUCUGACUUGACGCUAGGAGACAGAGCCCAUUUUCCACUCCCCCCUCCCCGUAGAGUAGGCAGGCUGCUUCGGCUGACUAGAUGUAGGUUUUUAUACAAACGAAAAUGGCAACUUGGGUGGGGCGGGGAAGCACCUUCUACAUCAUCCUUUUCUACUCUUUUUUGGGUCAACGCAGCUACGUCUUUCUUUUCUUCCCACGCAGCCUUUAAUAACUGUUUUGUUUACUUUUUAUUUGCCUAAUGGAAACUUAAUAAAGCCUGAGCAGCCUUUUAAA